GAGAGCGUUCUUUUCCUGUAUCGGGUACCAGUGUGUGCAGUCCGAACAAGGAGUAGCAGCUGAAGGUGUUGUUUUUCUCCACGAACUGACGUGACGUUUUCCCCGGAUCCCGACCGACCGCUCCUCUCCGCAACUCUGGGAAGGAAAACGAAGUGACGACAGCGCCUCUGUCGGAAUUUCCCGGUUUUGCAACUCUCGGAUGGUCGCGCGAGGGACGAUGCUGUCGCGGAGAUGGCUGUCGUAAAUUAUCGCUAGUUUUUAUCGGGAACCAAGUGGAAAAAUAAGCACAGCUCGGAACAAAAGUGACGGCAACGCUAAUUUCAUUAGAAUAAAGUGAACGUGACGAAGAGUAAUGUGUCAGUGGCGUUGAAAGACCGGUGUUAAAUUGCAAACCCCAACAAGGAAUCCUUAUCUCUCGUUCAGUGGAAAAUUUGGCACGAUAGAAAAAAAUGACAGCUCGUAGCUGUCGGAUGACGGCCACGGCGGCGACGGCGUAGUGGCGCAAGGUGUGACAAAUCCCCCAAAGAAGAGCAUUCCCACCGUCCCAGUCCCUUGUGUGCGUGCGUAACCACAAAUGUUUACGAAAAUGUCCCAACUCAAUCUACCUCUAAGAACGCUAGUGUCGUGCUGCCUGCUAUGGACGCUGUUCACACUGUGCGAGGCGAACCCAGACGCCAAGCGGCUGUACGACGAUCUGCUGAGCAACUAUAACCGACUGAUACGCCCCGUCAGCAACAAUACCGACACAGUGCUGGUGAAGCUGGGCCUACGACUGUCACAGCUGAUUGAUUUGAAUUUGAAGGAUCAAAUCCUCACGACAAAUAUCUGGUUAGAGCACGAGUGGCAAGAUCAUAAAUUUAAAUGGGAUCCUGCAGAGUACGGCGGUGUGACGGAGCUGUACGUGCCAUCCGAACACAUCUGGCUGCCGGAUAUCGUACUUUACAACAACGCCGACGGAGAGUACGUGGUGACGACCUUGACCAAGGCCAUCCUCCACUACACCGGCAAGGUCAUCUGGACGCCGCCGGCGAUCUUCAAGUCCUCGUGCGAGAUCGACGUCCGCUACUUCCCGUUCGACCAGCAGACGUGCUUCAUGAAGUUCGGCUCCUGGACGUACGACGGCAAUCAGAUCGAUCUGAAGCAUAAAAAUCAACUCAACAACUCCGACAACAUGGUAAAGAUUGGAAUCGACCUACGUGAGUACUACCCGAGCGUGGAGUGGGACAUCCUGGGGGUGCCGGCGGAACGCCACGAGAAAUACUAUCCGUGUUGUGCAGAACCCUACCCCGACAUUUUCUUCAACAUCACAUUAAGGCGAAAGACACUGUUCUACACCGUCAACCUGAUAAUACCCUGCGUUGGCAUCUCGUACCUCUCGGUGCUGGUGUUCUACCUGCCCGCCGAUUCCGGCGAAAAAAUUGCAUUAUGCAUCAGCAUUCUCCUAUCGCAGACGAUGUUCUUCCUGCUGAUAUCGGAAAUCAUCCCGUCGACGUCGCUGGCACUGCCCCUGCUCGGCAAGUACCUGCUGUUUACCAUGAUCCUGGUCGGGCUGAGCGUCGUGAUCACCAUUAUUAUCCUCAACAUACACUAUCGCAAGCCGAGCACUCACAAGAUGGCACCGUGGGUCCGGAAGUUCUUUAUACUGCGUCUGCCGAAACUGCUCCUGAUGCGGGUGCCAAACGAUUUGCUCAAGGAAUUGGCAGCCAACAAGAUAAAUUACGGAAUCAAGAUCAGCAAGAGCAAGUUUGGCGCAGCACUAGCAGCCCACUCCCAGAUGCAGCAGAACUCGGGCGGCUCCAGCCCGGACUCGAUCCGGCACAUGCAGGGCCGGCCGGGUGGGUGCAACGGACUCCACUCGACGACCGCCACCAAUAGAUUCAGCGGACUCGUCGGAGCCCUCGGAGGUGGCCUGAGCAGCCUCGGAGGCUACAACGGGCUGCCGUCGGUGAUGUCUGGCCUGGACGAAUCGCUAAGCGACGUGGCGCCUCGGAAGAAAUACCCAUUCGAGCUGGAAAAGGCCAUUCAUAACGUUAUGUUUAUACAGCACCAUAUGCAACGCCAGGACGAGUUUAAUGCGGAGGAUCAAGAUUGGGGAUUUGUGGCGAUGGUAUUGGAUCGUUUAUUUUUAUGGUUAUUUACACUAGCAUCAUUAUUCGGCACAUUUGCAAUCCUGUGCGAGGCGCCCUCGCUGUACGACGAUACUAAACCGAUUGACAUCGAGUACUCCAUUAUCGCCCAGAAGCUGUUCAAUCUCACCGUCAAGGAUCCACGGCAUGCAUAAGAAGUGCACGAGGGAAGGACCUCCCCACUAAGAACCCAAAAGUUGACAUUUAUAGGCUGUUCCAUUUCUAUAAUAGUACACUUAAGCAGACACCAUCACCCCCCACGUACACUAUCUAACAUUAAUCUAAACAGAGUGUUUACGCGAAAAUCCAUCGACCGGUUAAUCGUUGUUGUAAUGAUGUAAAAGUGUAACCUAUAUCGAACCGAGCAAGCAAUUUUUCACCAGUGUUAUUACUAAUGAAGAAGAAAAAACUCACACACUUAACAGUGUGUCAAACGAAAAGAAAGGAGUAAAAAA